AUGGCACCUCCAAAGAAAACUAUCAAGAUGGACUUAGGUUCAUUCUUAGCUGAUGACUCACUCGGUGGUUCAUGGGCUGAUGAAGAAGUUGAUUUAAAUUCAAUUGGUGUCAAUUCAACUGCUGCUCCAAUUGGAGGAUCUAGUAGAGAUGUUAGUGGUUCAUACAAUAGAGAAGAAAGAUCAUCUAAUUUCGGAGGUGAUAGAUCAUUUGAUGAUCAAAGAAGAGAAAGAAAAGAAUUCCCGAUUCCUGAUCAACCACCAUAUAGAGCAAAAGUUAGCAACUUACCUUGGGAAGUUGAUGAAGAAACUGUAGCAAGACAUUUUGAAAGUAGAAUGCAAUUACAAGAUAUUGUUACUGAUGUUGUAUUACCAUUAGAUAAAGAAACUGGUAAAGUUAGAGGGUUUGCUUUUAUUACUUUCACCGAAAGAAAUUAUUUGGAAGAAGCUUUAAAUUUAAAUUUAUCUGAUUUUAAUUCAAGACCAAUGUAUGUUCAAGUUGCUGCUCCUCAAAGAGCUGAAUUAGAUGGUAAUUGGAGAUCAAGUAGAUCUGGUCCAUUAGAUAGAUCACAAAGAAGAGAAGAACCUGAUUUAGAUUGGGGUGCUGCUAGAAGUUCAACUGCUACUUUACCACCAAGAGAAAGAAGUAAUAGAUCUGAAAGAGGUGAUAGACCAGAAAGAACUUUUGAUAGACCAAGAAGAGAAGAACCUGAUUUAGAUUGGGGUAGUGCCAGAACUACAACUUCUACUUUACCACCAAGAGAAAGACCAGAAAGAGGAGAUAGACCAGAAAGAUCAGAAAGACCACCAAGAAAGCAAGAACCUGAUUUAGAUUGGGAUACUGCUAGACAUUCAACCGUCGCCUUACCACCAAGAGAAAGAAGUAAUAGAUCCGAAAGACCAGAAAGAGGAGAAAGACCAGAAAGAUCAGAAAGACCACCAAGAAAGCAAGAACCUGAAUUAGAUUGGGGUAGUGCUAGAACUACAACUGCUACUUUACCACCAAGAGAAAGAAGUAAUAGAUCAGAUAGACCAGAAAGAACUGUAAGAACUCCAAAGAAGGAAGAACAAAGUUUCGAAUGGAAAAGAGGUGAAAAAUUACCACCACGUACCAAAUCAAAUAGAUCAUCUACUAAUACAACUCCAAAGAAACAACAACAAGAAGAAAAGAAAGAAGAACAAGCUAAACCACAAAAGUCUGCUUUUAGUGUUUUAGAUGUUGAAGGUGAAUCUGAUGAAGAAGAAGAAGUGGAAGGUAAACCAGCUGAAGAAUCAAAAGAAACUGGUUUAGAAGAAGCUGCUGAAAAGUUAGCUAUUGAUAAUGAACCAAAAGAAGAAGGUUGGGAAGUUGUUGGAAAAUAA